UUUUGACGAAUUUCCAUUAAAGAGGAGGAGUGCAGUUGCUCAGAUACUGACAUUGAUCCGUAUGUAGCUUAGAAAACCAAAUAUCAGGAGAUGGGAGUGAUCCUAACAACAAGGGCAAUCCUCAUAUAUAUAUUUUUAGAGGGGCGGCUAGCAAUCAUGUGCAAAGUUUUACAACGCACGUGCAGAGUUAGUGUUCUGCUAUUUUUUUUUUCUUCGUCAUGUCCUCGUUGCUGUGUUCAUUUUGACUUGAGUAAGGUCCCUAUUAAAUUUUGAGUGUACCUGACGUGUUGCUUAAAUAUUUUACUUAUUUCAGCUCCUCAUCCUUCUAAGAAAUGCCAGCAGCAGUUUGGUCAACUUUGCGUCAAAGACAACCAACUGGCAAGCGAAUUUCUCAACGGCCUGUUAAAUCAGCUGAACUGGUCAUUUUCAGAGUUUAUUGGAAUGUUGCAAGAGGUGGGCCAAUUUCAAAAUACCUCAGAUUUAGGCUGCACAAGACACCAGAUUGAGAUAUGCAGGGUUAAGCCUUAACUGGUGAUCCUGUCUUGUUUUUUUUCUUUGGGGGGGCUGGGGGGAAGGGAGAAGGAAGAACUGUUGGGGGGGAAAGGGGGUUAACAUGAAUAGCAUCCCACGGGGAAUUGCAAUAUUCCCUAGUCGUUAAUUUCCGCCGGUGUGGAUCAUACAACGAACAGCACGAUACGAUGCACCUCUCAGAAAUUUUCUUUUUGUGUAAAACUUGGUCAAAUACUUGCCUUUCUUGAUUAAUCAGAUCCAACAAGCCACUCAUCAAAUGGAGACAGUUUUGGAUUCACGACAACUGCGAACUUGUGCCGUGUGUUUUGAUUUGACUGUUGGGUUAAUGCGGGUAAGUGAAACACCCCUGUACUCCUACGCCCUCUUUUAUACAUAUUCCAAGGUUUUUAAUUUUUUUUUUCAUUCUUAUAGGAACAGAAAUGAAAUGAGCUUCUGAUUAUUCCAAAAAGUCAGUGUUCAAGUAAUUAUUUACCAUAUUCUUAAGUCAAGACGCUGCGAUUUCUUUCUGUAGGUGUUGGAGAUGGUUGCAACAGUUGCUCCGGAAGUCUUUACUGACUGGAAACGGCAGUCCGCAGAGCUACACAUUGCACGGCUUUUUCAGGUAUCACAGACUCAAAGACUAUAAAAAUAACUGAUCCUGUGGGGUUUAAUCCUCUGCAGUCUGGUAUAUAAAAUCAAAGCCUCUUCGCAACCAAAGCUGAUUGUGCGAACUCGAUGGUGUGUAUUUCUGCCCAUCCAAAAUAUUUCAUGGGCAAUCUACGUCUUUGUUAAGUUCUAUGAUAAUUUUCGACUAAUUUGUGCUUCAUUCUAAAAACUAAUCAGUCCAUAGGAUACUGAACGAACAUGUAACUCAUUAGCUAUUUGUAUCCAUGAACAGAAAACAAAAAAAAAUGACCCUCUAAUAAAGGCGUGUUCUUAUGAAGAGCCCCCCUGCUACUUUUUAUCCAAAGAAAGUCCUUCUUCGCUUAUGUUCCUUUUCCCUCGAUGUUGUUGAAAACUGCCAUUAAUAAUUGUUUGCUUUUAUGUUUCCAGCUGCUAACUCAGGUUCUGAAUCGAGUGACGGCCAGUUCAAACCUCUUCGAGAAUGUGACAAGACUUCAUUUACCUGGUAACGUUAUCAGCUGCUUUUGUUUUGAAUUUAAGUUGCAAUUCACUACUUUCCCAUUCACUAGAACUGAAUGGACGGAGAGCUAACUUAUUCAAUUCAUUCGUUCAAUCAAUCAUUCAUUCAUUUCUUUUUCCUCAGGACUAGAAACUGUCGACCGGUUUCCCAUUCUCGGUGCUGUGACAGGAAUCUUGCUGACGCUGUUGUUGGAUGGCACAAUUGAAAGGUGUGAAUAGUUUUGACGAAGAAUCAACGAACCAAACGCCUGGUUCUCAAAAAUUCAAUGCUUCAGAUCUGUUCUCGUUGUUAUUGCUUUCAUUCUUUUCUUUUCUUUUCACCUAAUUGUUAAUGCUUUAGCCUUUGUUUAUGGCUAUUUUCAUUUUUUUUUUGGUCUUUUUGUUGUUUUAAUUGGUUACUUUUGCGUCUGUGGGAGAUCAACGGGCUCUACCAAUGAUUAUGUGCGAUGAGAGCCGGGGGUGCUGUGUUUUAAUUCUAAGCCCCUCACUCUCACAGCACUUCUUUUCAUCUAAGAUUACAGAUGGGUACCAACGUAUUUUCAGAGAAACCUGACAAAAUCUUGGGGGGAGGGGUGGGUGGUUGGAAUAGUGAAGAACCCACGAUGGACCAUCACCUGGUGGGGAAUGUGCGGACACUUCGAGACUUCAUGUUCGCUAUGACAUCAUUGCGACUAGUUUAAUUGUAAACAAUUAUAAUACUUGUUACAAUGUUUUGUUUUGACAUUGGUUUUGAAGUUGCCCAGCAUAGACGAAAGUGUCUUUUUCUGCAAGAGAGAGCGACCUCCUCCCUGUUGGCAGAACCCGGUUACAAUCUGGACACCGUCUGCUUUUUGGUUGGAGGCAAAUCAGUCGCUGUUGAAGCUACAAAACCAAAAUUCUCCUUCAGAACAAGUACUGAUAACAGCUACAUAUAAUUUUCAACACUAAUCUUUUUAACUUAAUAAUAUAUAAAAACUUGGUGAUGGGAAUGGAAAAAUUAAUCCGCUCAUCCGCUAGUGGGUGUUUUUUAACCAUUUAGCACCAAAUUUCUUAACUAGCUCACCAAGAAAUGUGCACUACAUGGACUGGAGAAUUGCUAUGUAGAGGGGUUCGAGGUUAGCCAGAAUUCACUUAUGUCGGAAUCGCAGUCGGAUUCGUUGUCAGAAGCGCAGGCAGAUACAAUCCUGCGUAAAUCGAGAUUUUUAUUUGGAGGCAGGUUAGCAAUUUGUUGGAGUCGUAAGCCAUCGAUUUGCCAGAAAACUCUUUUUUUUCUUUGUGUAGUGAUAAACAAAGAUGUUACACCCGAGGAGGUUCAACGAGUCGAUGAUCUGGUAUCACAUCUUGAGAGUCAGGGCACAGAGUAUGGGCUCCAAACACAGGUAUUUUAGGCUUCUCGUGAAAUCAUAACAAUCAAAGACCAACAACGAGAGAGACUUUCGAACAAUGACUCGCCCGACGGCGACGUGAAUGUUGUGUGCAAUAGUCGAUUAUUUUCGCUGAGCCUGAGGAGAAUGGUUGUUCGUUCAUUCAUAAAUUCUCUUGUGAUUAUUAAAGCAAUUGUAUUUUCCUUUUACUUUUCAUCAAAAAAAUUAAUUCUUGCUCAAAUGUUUAUUUAUUACAUGAAUAAAAAAAAAUCGCUCACUGGCCAUUUUGAAGUAAGUGUGUCACUCAAUUUAAUAUUAUAUAUGAUGUCAUCUUCGACCAAUCAGAGUGCGUGCUUCUCUACGUUAACUAAUAAUUCAUCGUGGUUCGAAAUUGAAGUGGUGGCCAAGACAGAUGUAAUAUUUCUGUUAAAGUUAAAAAAUUAGUGCGUUUUAUUGUGCAUAUUGCCUGUUGGUCGAACCAUUUUAAAAUGUGUGUUGGUAAGUAUUUGCCAGCUCACAUUUGGUAAAUAUAAACCACAUUCGUAGUAAAACUUGGCAUCUUAGCACAAUUUUGUCCCCUCUCUCCAGGAGUCCGUAGAUGUUGACGACCUAUGUCCUAUUUGCUGUGCGGUCAAAGUUUCCGUCAGGUUCAUCCCGUGUCUGCACGUGUCAUGCAGGUGGGUAUCAUGUGGAAAGACAGGCAUGUUAUUUUGAAAAAGCCCCGAAACUUAAGAAUUCUUUUCGAUGAAAAUGGAGUUUACUUUCUGUUUGCAGAUCCUGUAUCUCUCGCCAUCUUAUGAACAACAAGGAAUGCUUCUUUUGCAAGCACAUCGUUAACGAAUUGGAGGAUAUCACCAGCGAUGAGGCUGUCUAACAGUAGUGAAAUGUAAAAAUUGUAGAAAGAACG